CAGCCUGUUUGAGUCCCUGCCAACCCGCGGCUCAAGAAAUGGAACAGACCCGGAACUCUAGUUCCUUAUUGAUCCACCUAAAACAAUCUUUGCAGUGUCCCAAUGCGUUCACCAGAAAGUAAUGCUGAACUUUAAAGAGAAAUAAAACAUGUCAGCCGUGGUGGAAGUGGCGAAAGAGGAGCUGAAGGAGGUGAACAUAUGUGACAUCUGCCCGGAGGAGGAGAGCGGAGUUUUCCUCAGCGCAGGUGCGUCCUACCUGGACGGCUUUUCGGGGUUUCAUAAGUGGGUCUCAAAGAUUGAGGUGUCGGAUGGAGACUGUGAGAAAACAUCGCCCAGGAAGGCUCAUGAGGAGGAGAAAGGAGGUGUGUAUUCUGAUGAAGAGGAGCUGAAAGAGUCCCGGGCUUCGUCUUUGGUGGAGUGUUUGCUGGUGGAGCUUUAUGACACGUACAGUCACGGUGUCCCAGGCUUGGACAGCUCCACUGAAGCCUCCAGCUCUGACGCUUUUCUGGGCAGGAGCAACAGCGGCUCCAGCUUUCUGCAGGAGCUCCAGGAGAAGCACACCAGGCGCCAUCAGGUCAAAUAUCUGGCUCAGAAAGGUCCAGAAGAGCUGAAGUGGAUCGUCCAGGAGGUGAAAUACCGCAUCGCUGUACAGUCGGCUAAACUGGUGAGGCAGGCCAAGAGGAAAGACCGACUCCGGCAGAAGUUCCAGAAGAACUGCGAUAUUGUGACCGCCUGCCUGCAAGCCGUCUCGCAGAAAAGACGAGUGGACACCAGGUUGAAGUUCACUAUCGAACCCUCUCUAGGCAAGAACGGCUUUCAGCAAUGGUACGACGCUCUGAAAGCAGUGGCCAGACUGCCGGUCGGCAUUCCCAAGGAGUGGAGGAAAAGAGUCUGGCUGACCCUGGCUGACCAGUAUCUUCACAGCAUCUCUAUAGACUGGGAGAAAACCAUGAGAUUUGCCUUCAAUGACCGCAGCAAUCCAGAUGACGACUCUUUGGGAAUACAAAUAGUCAAGGAUCUGCACCGGACGGGCUGCAGCUCUUACUGUGGGCAGGAGGCGGAGCAGGACCGGGUGGUGCUGAAGCGGGUGCUGCUGGCCUACGCCCGGUGGAACAAGACUGUGGGAUACUGUCAGGGCUUCAAUGUGCUGGCGGCUCUUAUCCUGGAGGUCACUGAGGGCAAUGAAGGAGACGCUUUAAAGGUGAUGAUCUAUUUGAUCGAUAAGGUGCUUCCGGACAGUUACUUCGCCAAUAACCUGCGAGCACUUUCAGUGGACAUGGCCGUGUUCAGAGACCUGCUGCGGCUGAAGCUUCCAGAACUUUCUCAACACCUCCACCACCUUCAAAAAGUGGCCAAUCGGGAAGCUGGAGGCAGCUACGAGCCUCCGCUCACCAACGUCUUCACCAUGCAGUGGUUUCUGACUAUGUUUGCCACGUGUUUGCCUCAUCACACCGUGCUGAAGAUCUGGGAUUCAGUCUUUUUUGAGGGGUCAGAAAUGCUGCUGCGCGUCGCUCUGGCCAUUUGGGCCAAACUGGGAGAGCGUAUUGAGGAGUGUCAGACGGCAGAUGAGUUUUACAGUAUUAUGGGCUGCCUGACGCAAGAAAUGCUGGAACACAAACUCAUCGACUCCAAUGAACUCAUGCAGACGGUUUACUCCAUGGCUCCGUUCCCAUUCCCACAGCUGGCUGAGCUCAGGGAGAAAUACACCUAUAACAUCACACCGUUCCCUGCGCCGGUCAGAGCCAACAGCAGUCUAGCUCUCCAUGGAUGGGAGAGUGAUGAUGAUGCUGACAUGGAUGAUGAAGACUCUAUCGUCACCGCUCUGGGCUGUCUGGGCCCACUAGGUGGCCUUCUAGCCCCUGAGAUCCAAAGAUACCAAAGGCACCUCAAAGAUCAGAGAGCGGAGCAGAGCUGUAAUGGCAGUAAUAUGGCAGAGCUCAGUCCCGGGGCGGUUGGCGCAGGACGAGCCGAACACCAGGCUGCCAUCAACAGCAUGAUGCUGGAGCGCAUGAGCACCGACAUCAGCGCCCUGAAGAAACAGUACUCUCGCAUCAAACAGAAACAACAGCAGCAGGCCGGACUACUCUACAUUCAUACAGGACUUCCAGUGGAAGCUGAAACUAUUGAGCCUCAUCAAUCCAGUAAACAGCAGAUCCACCACACUGAUAAGUGUCCAGCCACCAGUGUUCUUGCCUCCCAAAUUGGUCCAUCCCCAGUGGUCAAUCACCUUCUCCUGGGCAGGAGACCCAGACCUGGUCAACGAUCCUUGAAGAAUGGUAUGAUCCAUAACGGUGGAUCUCCUCAAGGCCACUCAACGCCCCUUCAGGAUCAGAUGGUUCGGUCCAGACAUCAUUCGCCCUGGCGCACACAUGUUCGAGCGCACCGGAGGAACAUUGCCCGAGCGAGGGCUCAGCUCGGCUUUGAUGACUCUCUGGAGGCGGAAGACGAUCAGACAGAUGAAAGCAAAACUGAAGGAGCAUCUAAAGAGGGAGAGGAGACCAAAUCCGAGGAAACAGACGAAGAUAAAAUGGAAAACACUGCAGCUGGAGGCUCAGAUGUUUCUCAGCAAGAACUGCAGGAGAUUGAUAGUCAGCUGUCUUCUCUGGAACUGGACCCGGAAUCUUCACCAGAUCCGUCAACUCCAGAACCAGCUUUGGAUCCAGAUCCACAAUCCGAUCCAACUAUUACUCCAGAACCACAGGCAGAUCCCAAUCCCGCUACUCCAGAUCCUAAUCCCACCACUCAAGAUCCCAGUUCAACCAUUAAAAAUCCCAAUUCCAGUAUUCAAAAUCCCAGUCCCACCAUUCAAGAUUCCAAUCCCACCCUUCAAAAUCCCAAUUCCACCAUUCAAGAAUCCAGUCCCACCAUUCAAGAUUUCAAUCCCACCCUUCAAAAUCCCAAUUCCACCAUUCAAGAAACCAAUCCCACCAUUAAAGAUUCCAAUUCCACUAUUCAAAUUUCCAAUUCCACCAUUCAAAAUCCCAAUUCCAUUGUUAAAAAUCCCAACUCCACCAUUCAAAAUUCCAAUCGCCCCUUUCAAAAUCCCAAUUCCACUGUUCAAAAUCAUAAUCCCACCAUUCAAGAUCCCAAUCCCACAGAUCAAAAUUCCAAUUCCAGCAUUCAAAAUCCCAAUUCCACCAUUGAAGAAGCCAAUCCCUCCACUCCAUCUCCGGCUUCGCUCCUAUCCACCCGCCGUCCCGGUUCCGACUCCUCCAGCUCCGAAAGUGGAAGUUCCUUCAGAAGGAGCGCUUCAUCAUUAGCAGGAGAUCCUCCAAAAGCACAGCAGCAGAUCUACUCUCCAUUCCCUUGCAUCAAAACACCCCGCAAGUCCACGGCUGCAAGAAACCUGGGUCUCUACGGCCCAACAGCCAGAACUCCAAAUGUACACUUCCCACAGAUGAGCAGAAGCAUGAAUCGUGUAGGAAACACCACAAAACGCCGGUGAUGAGUUGUGGACUGCUAAUAAUAAAGAAGAGCACUUCUUGGGUUCCUCUUGAUUUGGGUUUAAAAUCCAGACUUGUGAAAGCACAUGCAUUUUGAAGUCUAAUAUGCUUCCAGAUAGUUAAACACAGCAAAGAAAAAAAAAAGAUUUUCACACUUGGUGUUUUUGUUGUUUUUCCUAAUACAUGUGUCUAAACCAGAGGUGCCCUAACUUGGUCCAGGAGGGCCGGUGUCCUAGAUAGUUUAGCGCCAACUUCCUUCAACACACCUGCCUGGAAGAUUCUAUUAUAACUAGGAAGAACUUCAUUAGCCAGUUCAGCUGUGUUUAAUUGGGGUUGGAGCCUAAAUAUGCAGAACACCGGCCCUCCAGGACUGAGUUUGGGCAACCCUGGUUGUAGUGUUUCUCAACCAUGUUCCUGGUGGACCACUAGCACUGUACUUAUUAGCACAGAUUGAAAGACCUGUAAUGGGUGUGACCGGCAAAGGAGACAUCCAAAACAUGCAGUGACAUGGUGGUCCGCCAGGAACGUGGUUAGACACAUUGCUCUAAACGUUCUUAAAUCAAGAUGGAGUUAUACUUGAUAAGCAAAAUUGCAGCAAAACUUUUACACAAAAGGGAUUGAAUUUUGAGCGAAGAAUAUGCUAAAACGAAGCAGCAAAACUAGCAGAAGUGGCAUUUCUCAUGUCAUUCAACGUCUUGAGUAAAUCUGUUUUGAAUAAUGAAUGCUUAGAUAUUAAUAUCGGAAAAUUAGACAAAAAUACCAAGCAAGAAAAGCUUUUUUAAGCAUUGGAAACAUGCCAUCUAAUGCUCUGAUGAAGUUGAUCACUUGAUAUUAUGAAGGCUGUAUUUUUUUAUUUAAAUGACACCCUAACAAAACAUCUGGGAAUAGACUCUAUUGAAUAAAGGCUUUGCGUCAUUGAAAACAUUUGUUUGCAUGCUCAGAUCACCAGUAUUCACUACAAUGCACUGUAUAUGUUUACGUAAUUGCUCCAAAGCUGCAUAAUCACAUUUAUGUCAAAUAUCUGAUGCUAUAUGACUGGGAAAUGUUUUAACUCGGUCAAAUGGCACUCAUAAAACUUUCCAUGUUCACUUGUUUCUGUUGUUAUUGACCGUACCGGUAUUAAUUUUUCAGCUUGAUCUCUCCUUGAGUCAAUUAUUCAUUUGCUAACUCAAUACAAGUUCCCCUCUGUUUGGAUGUUUGUACUCAAAACACUCAUGCGAUUGAACAUCCCUCUGAAUGUUUCUCUCUGUAAAUCUUUGGUGCUUAUGAAUGGCAAAGGAUCACAGAUGCCCGAAAGAGAAUAAAAAACAUGCAACUACGAAAAAAACA